CUCCGAGGGGCGAGCCGGCCCGCCUCCGUCCCACGAGGGCCGACCGUCGGGGGAGCCCGAUCCCGCGUCGCCGGGGCGGACGGAACCGCCUCUCUUCGCCCCGCCGCCGGCCGGGAGCCCGUGUGAGGCCGCCGCUCCGCAGCGGAGUCGCGGCCGGCCGGGCGGCACCGAGCGUCGCUAUGGAGAGGAACCCCAUCCCGGUGCUGACGGUGCAGACGACGCCCUACGAGGACCAGCGGCCGACGGGCGGCGGGGGGCUGCGGCGGCCCACGGGGCUCUUCGAGAGCCAGCGCAACUACCUGCCCAACUUCGUGCAGAGCCUGCUCUCCUCCGUCGACCUCCGCGACCGCCAGGGCUGCACCAUGGUGGUGGGCAGCGACGGCCGCUACUUCAGCAAGACGGCCAUCGAGAUCGUCGUCCAAAUGGCCGCGGCCAACGGGAUCGGCAGACUGGUUAUUGGGCAGAAUGGUAUCUUAUCCACACCUGCUGUUUCAUGUAUUAUUCGAAAGAUAAAAGCAGCUGGUGGGAUUAUUUUAACAGCCAGCCACAGUCCUGGGGGACCUGGAGGAGAGUUUGGAGUCAAGUUUGAGGUUGCAAAUGGAGGACCUGCUCCAGAUGUAGUUUCAGAUAAGAUUUAUCAAAUCAGCAAAACCUUGGAAGAAUAUGCCAUUUGUCCUGAUCUCAGAGUUGAUUUGUCUCGCUUAGGAAGACAAGAGUUUGAUCUGGAGAACAAAUUCAAACCUUUCCGAGUGGAAAUUGUUGAUUCUGUGGAUAUCUACCUCAAUCUCCUUCGAAAUAUCUUUGACUUCAACGCAAUCAGAAAUUUACUGACUGGACCCAACCAGAUCAAAAUAAGGAUUGAUGCCAUGAACGGAGUUAUGGGACCUUACGUGAGAAGAAUCCUCUGUGAUGAAUUAGGAGCCCCUGCAAAUUCUGCUAUAAACUGUAUUCCUCUGGAGGACUUUGGUGGACAGCGUCCUGAUCCCAAUUUAACAUAUGCAACUGCCUUGCUGGAGGCUAUGAGAGGUGGAGAGUAUGGGUUUGGAGCUGCUUUUGAUGCUGAUGGAGACCGCUAUAUGAUCCUUGGCCAAAAUGGUUUCUUUGUUAAUGCGUCUGAUUCACUGGCAAUUAUUGCUGCCAAUCUGUCUUGCAUUCCAUACUUCUGUCAGAUGGGUGUCCGAGGAUUUGGUAGAAGCAUGCCCACCAGUACAGCCCUGGACAAAGUGGCAAAAGUAAUGAAGGUUCCUGUGUAUGAAACACCAACAGGAUGGAGAUAUUUUUCCAAUCUCAUGGAUUCUGGACGUUGCUCACUCUGUGGGGAGGAAAGCUUUGGCACUGGGUCUGAUCACCUUCGAGAGAAAGAUGGACUAUGGGCUGUUCUAGUUUGGCUUUCAAUCCUAGCAGCUCGAAAGCAGAGCGUAGAAGAAAUUGUCAGGGAUCACUGGGCAAAGUUUGGUCGACACUACUACUGCAGGUUUGAUUAUGAAGCAUUGGAACCCAGAACUGCGUAUUUCAUAAUGAGAGACCUGGAAACUUUGAUCACUGACAAGUCAUUCAGCCACCAGCAGUUUGCUGUGGGCAGCAGUAUCUACAGUGUGGAAAGAACAGACAGCUUUGAGUACAUAGAUCCUGUGGAUGGCACUGUGACCAAAAGACAGGGGCUGCGGAUUGUUUUUUCAGAUGCUUCCAGGCUCAUCUUUAGAAUGAGCGCUUCUAGCCAUGUGAGAGCUACCCUCCGGAUCUAUGCAGAGAGUUAUGAGAAGGAUCCUAGCCAACACAAUAAGGAACCACAGGCUGUGCUGAGUCCUCUUAUAGCGAUCGCACUGAAAAUAUCUCAGAUCCAUGAGAGGACGGGGAGAAAGGGACCCACUGUCAUCACCUGAAGCUGUGGAGGAUUGUUAAAACAGAGCCAAAAGAGAAACAGCAAGGAAGAGACAGGACUUUGCUGAAACAUGUUAGCUGUUUGUGCCUUAUGUGGUUUAAAAACUUUUCUUGGGGAUAGAGGGAGGUGGAAUGAAAAAUUCAAUGUCAUGUCAAGCAUAUUCAGUUACAUUGAUCUCCAAAGACAGUAGUAUAUUGACUUCUUUGUUUUACCUGUAAUAUCUUUCUUUCAGAUAACAAUAUAAUCACAGAAAAAGUCCUUAACUCCUAAAUGUUGCCAGCGAUGUGACAGAAAAGGCAAACUGCUUAUUUUUGAAUACUACGAUAAUAGUUGAGAAAUUUCAGUUAUGGAGAGAGGGGAAGAAGCUGCAAAGCAAAGACAUGUUUGGGAUCCUUGUAUCCUUAUUGUUGGUUUACAGAGACGUAUGCAGAACAUGUCUGGGGCCUAAGGGCUCUGUGCUAAGCUUUGUGAAGCGUGCAUUUUCUCAUCUGACAUCACUUCUCCAAUCUCUCAUGUUGCUCACAAAUACAUGCUGGCAGCAGUGUUGUAUACACACUUGCACAUGCUCUCAAAGAAAGUGUCAUCCCAUAUUUUUUUAACCCUGCUUUUAAAGCAUAUCAGUCCUGCUUGUGCCUUUGCGUUUUCUUGAUUUUUGACUUUUGAGGCAGUUGUGCUGUAGAAGCUGAUUGUGUCCUUGCAGCAGUAUGUUGGGUAUAGAAUCUUGGCUGUCUUUUGUGAUAUUCCUUAUGCCAGAAGAUGAAGCUGGUGCUUCUUAUGUUUGAAAGACAAUUGCUUCAAGUUCAGCAAUUUUACAGAAAGAAGUUAGGAUGGAAAUUCUUAAAGUCUUUGCAAUAGUCAUGUUCCAUUUAGCACAAAGUGGCUAGUGAGGUGUGUAGUGAAGAGGAAAUGUAAACAAACACAAAUAACUUGUAUCAUUCAGCAGCUAGACUCAGCUUUUGUUAGUUCUUUUCUUACAGUGGAUCAUGAAGUAAAAAGUUAGGGAGUGCCAAGAGUGAAGAGAUGACCUGUUAUGAAUCUGAGAAGGACAUCUGGGGAUAUAGACAUCAGCAUUUUUCUGCUUGUGAAAUGAUACUGCAGUUCUAGCUACACGCAAAGACUUUAUGCAUGUGACUUGUUUGAAAGCUUUGCUUCCUUGGGAACAGUGUGGUCACUUGUAUGAUUUCUUAAGGUGGCUUUGUUCCACCUGUCUUUCCGCAGUGUGUUUCAUUUCAUUGUGGCUGUCAAAUCUAAUGCAAUUUAUAUAACAUUGCAGCAAAAGAAACUGGUUUUGAUUUCUUUCAACACUUCUGUCAAAUAAAUUCUAUGACACUAAAUACACAGUAAAGAGAAAUGCUAUAUUUCUGUCUUGUUGGCAAGACACACUGCACUUUCAAGCUUCCUAAUAAAACUGCUUUUCAUACAGUUA